AUGACAGCCACCCCUGUUGAUGUAAGAGAGAAUCUGAACUCUUACGUGUUCGUGAUGAACAUGCNUGNNAUGAAAUUGUGGAAAAUUAAGGUGCAGGUGGAGGACCAUGUCUUAACAGUUAACGGCGAGAGGAAGAGGGAGGAGAAAGAAGGAAUUGAGUAUUUGAAGAUGGAGAGAAGAAUGGGAAAGUUCAUGCGCAAGUUNCCCCUCCCGCACAAUGCCAAUACUGUUGCUCAUGCCAUGUCUGCCCUAUACCAGGAUGGUGUGCUCACCGUCACAGUCAACAAAUUGCCUCCUCCUGAGCCCAAGAAGCCCGACAAAUUGCCUCCUCCUGGCCCAAAACGGACAAUAUCUUACCAUGAUGGUGUGCUCACCGUCACAGUCAACAAAUUGCUUCCUCCUGAGCCCAAGAAGCCCAGACUUGUUGAGAUUGAGGUCAAGAUUGAUUAA